GUGCUGCACCUCUACUGCGACACUUGCUCCGUGCCCAUCUGUCGUGAGUGCACUGUGGGCCGGCAUGGGGGCCACAGCUUCAUCUACCUCCAGGAGGCGCUGCAGGACUCGCGGGCGCUCACCAUCCAGCUGCUGGCAGAUGCCCAGCAGGGCCGGCAGGCGAUCCAGCUGAGCAUCGAGCAGGCCCAGACGGUGGCAGAACAGGUGGAGAUGAAGGCCAAGGUGGUGCAGUCGGAGGUGAAAGCCGUGACGGCGAGGCACAAGAAGGCCCUGGAGGAGCGGGAGUGCGAGCUGCUAUGGAAGGUGGAGAAGAUUCGCCAAGUGAAAGCCAAGUCCCUGUACCUGCAGGUGGAGAAGCUGCGGCAGCACCUCACCAAGCUGGAGAGCACCAUUAGCGCCGUCCAGCAGGUGCUGGAGGAGGGGAGGGCCCUGGACAUCCUGCUGGCCCGAGACCGGAUGCUCGCCCAGGUGCAGGAGCUGAAGACCGUGCGCAGCCUCCUGCAGCCCCAGGAAGACGAUCGGGUCAUGUUCACGCCCCCGGAUCAAGCCCUGUACCUCGCCAUCAAGUCCUUUGGCUUCGUGAGCAGCGGGGCCUUUGCACCUCUCACCAAGGCCACCGGCGACGGCCUCAAGCGGGCCCUCCAGGGUAAAGUGGCCUCCUUCACUGUGAUUGGCUAUGACCACGAUGGUGAGCCCCGCCUCUCAGGAGGCGACCUGAUGUCAGCCGUGGUCCUGGGCCCCGACGGCAACCUGUUUGGUGCAGAGGUGAGCGAUCAGCAGAACGGGACGUACGUGGUGAGCUACCGGCCCCAGCUGGAGGGCGAGCACCUGGUGUCGGUGACCAUGUGCAACCAGCACAUCGAGAACAGCCCCUUCAAGGUGGUGGUCAAGUCCGGCCGCAGCUACGUGGGCAUCGGGCUCCCGGGCCUGAGCUUCGGCAGCGAGGGCGACAGUGACGGCAAACUGUGCCGCCCCUGGGGCGUGAGCGUAGACAAGGAGGGCUACAUCAUCGUCGCCGACCGCAGCAACAACCGCAUCCAGGUGUUCAAGCCCUGCGGCGCCUUCCACCAUAAAUUCGGCACCCUGGGCUCCCGGCCCGGGCAGUUCGACCGGCCAGCGGGGGUGGCCUGUGACGCCUCACGCAGGAUCGUGGUGGCCGACAAGGACAAUCAUCGCAUCCAGAUCUUCACCUUCGAGGGCCAGUUCCUCCUCAAGUUCGGCGAGAAAGGAACCAAGAAUGGGCAGUUCAACUACCCGUGGGAUGUGGCCGUGAAUUCCGAGGGCAAGAUCCUGGUCUCGGACACACGGAACCAUCGGAUCCAGUUGUUUGGACCCGAUGGGGUCUUCCUGAAUAAGUACGGCUUCGAGGGUGCUCUCUGGAAGCAUUUCGACUCCCCGCGGGGUGUGGCCUUCAACCAUGAGGGCCACUUGGUGGUCACCGACUUCAACAACCACCGGCUCCUGGUCAUUCACCCCGACUGCCAGUCGGCACGCUUCCUGGGCUCAGAGGGCACCGGCAACGGGCAGUUCCUGCGCCCACAGGGCGUGGCUGUGGACCAGGAGGGCCGGAUCAUCGUGGCUGAUUCCAGAAACCACCGGGUACAGAUGUUCGAGUCCAACGGCAGCUUCCUCUGCAAGUUUGGCGCUCAAGGCAGCGGCUUUGGGCAGAUGGACCGCCCCUCUGGUAUCGCUGUCACCCCCGACGGCUUGAUCGUUGUGGUGGACUUCGGCAACAAUCGAAUCCUCAUCUUCUAAUCGCAUUUUCUAGAUUUCUGUGUUUGGGGUGUGCGUGUGUGCGUCUCUCUCUCUC